UGUUUAAGAACAAAAAGACCCAGAGAGCGGGGAACUGUGCUGAAAACGCAGUGGAGGGUGGACUGAGCAGUUUCCCAAGUUUGGAAGAACUUUUACUGAAGAGACAGGGAAGAAGGGAUCGUCCUUUCCAAACAAGAUGUGCCGCCAGCCCAGAUUCGGACACGGGCCUUCGAGUCCCUCGAAGGAACCGGGAUCUGGGACAUCGGGCACCACAAGAAGAGCACACAGGAAGCAGAGGACGCUGGGGUGCGGGCAGGUCAGUGGCGCAUGCGUGCUGUAGGGGGCGCUUGGCCGCAUGUGCGCCUUGGGGGCUAGAGUGACUCAGCGCCUUCACCUUCGCUUCCUGCGUUGUUUUUUUUUUUUUUUUUUUUUUUGGCCUCAUGGGAGAUAUGUAAAUGAGCUGGAGCAUCAUGGGUGUUGGCCCUUUAUAAGUCCGCGUUGCUCAGUGCUGGGUUCAGUGCUCAGCGAGGAGAUCCCAGGUGCGGAGGCCAUUAGCGGGUCUUCCGGCUAUCUCAGUCGGGGAGCUCCCCAGACAUUGGAGCAAGUGUGAAGCUGAAGAACUUUCUGGAAGCUCGGGCCUGUCUACUUCUCCAGAGAGAAUCUACGGUCCUGUUGACCUGACCUCCUGAGACCAUCGAGCAAGUCUUCCUCUGCGUGUCCACUUGGCUGCAGACAGACUUCUUGGCCAUGUGUCCCCCAGUCAGUGUUCGCCAUGGGGCCAAGGGCAUGUCCUGCCUCUAUGGAGCCUGGCUGUACCAGCUUGUCCAUGGAGAACAAAUGAAGAUCUGUUUUGCUUGCUUCAAGGCAGCUUUCCUGGUCGUUAAGAACAUGCUGGAGAUGGGAGACUGGGAAGAGGAAGUGUGGGAUGCUGAGCCCAUGGAACUCUCAGAGGCAGGAUCUGAGCCAGAGGAGUGGCCUGGGCUUAGCUGGGGAGAGGGCCAAGGUCAUACGCCACAUGGCAUCUCUGCCUCUGCCUCUACAGGUUCUGGGGCUCAAGCACCAGGCCUUGUAGGGACAGAGGGGACAGGGCAGGGACCCCAGCCUGUGCCCACUGAGCUGGGGCCUCAGGAAGCUGUACCCCUGGAUCUGGGCCCUGAGGAUGCGGAGUGGACCCAGGCCCUUCCCUGGAGAUUUGAUGGCCUUUCUCCCUGCUCGCACUGGCUCAUCCCUCCUUUGUCCUGGUGGGAUAUUUUCAAUGCGAGCCCAUCUCCCGGGCAACCUGUAUUGUUGGAAUUGAGCCCCACCUGGCCCAUGGACCCUUUGGAAGCAGAAGCUUGGUUGGUAGACCUGAAGUUCGUUUUCCUUUUGGGUGGCUUUGAUGCCAUUUGCUACAUGCUGUCAAUGACUCCCUGCUGGGCUGUGAGAACCCGUGUCCAGCGCUGGCAAGUGUUGCUGGACCCUGGUGAGGUAAGAGUGGCCCAGCUGCAGAAUGCACCUGAACAGCAGGAUCUGCAUCGCUGGAAGCUGAGCAUCCUGGAGUCCUCAGAGUUGGGGGUGGAGCUGGUGCCUGCCGACUGCAGCCUGCGAAAGGGAGGCUUCAAGGUGCACUCUUAUUUGCCAUGGCACAAUAGCACCCCAGAGGCCUGGAACAGGGAGCCAGGGGAGAGGCUCCUUGUCAUAGAAGUUGUAUCUCUGAGGGAGUUGCCCUGCUUCCGUUCCCCUUCCCCUGAGCCACACAACUAAACAGCUGAUGCUUGUACAACCCCAGGGCUCCAGGGACCUUGAAGAGCCAGAGGUUGCCUCUCAGCUGAAGGUCCUGGAGGAUAUCCAUCAUCUUGAAGGGAGGUUCUGGAUCAGCCUGAGGUUGGGGCCUCAGGGAAGCCUGGUUAUUUGUCCUUAGUUGACUAUUCAGUGUUUGGAAGGUUAGGCCUAGCUUUGUGUACAGAGGGAAGGCUGUUGUGUAUCAAGUAAUAUGGAGGAAAUGGGUCACUGGUCCUUCCCAGUUCUGCCCUAGUUGCAAGUGGGGACACUAGAAGUGUGACACCAAGUCAGGUUGGGUGACCCCUAUGAUCUGCACUUGGCUUUUUCUGAGGGGCCUUGUGUCCUGGAUUCAGUGUUGACUGCUUGUGCUACUUGUUCAGUUCCUGCCCUGUGCAUGUUUCUGUUAAUAAAGUUGUCAUCGUUUUCAUAG